UGACGACACUGUAUCUGCACAUUAAAUGGACAAAUUUUAAUAUCAAAUUAUCAUAUUACUACAGGCUUGUUCAAAAUAACCUUAUAAAUACAUGUAGCAUCUACCGUAGCUAAUAGUUACAAACGAUCUCUUAGCAAAGGAAAAGGCAACUACAGAUAAAAUAAUGUGCACUCAACAUAUAGGAAAAUCUAGCAUACUUUUUAACGUGUUCUUAACUCUAUCAACGGCAUUGCCACUCGAGUCAAGUCUUCGUAAAGACACCAAUGGCUGUUAUCCACAUGAAUUUCGAUGUCAUAACAGAUAUUACUGCAUAAACAGUCGUUAUGUUUGUGACGAAAUAGACGAUUGUGGAGAUUUAUCAGAUGAGAGUAAUUGUUCAAAUAAAAAGUGUUUUCAUGGUGAAUUCUUGUGUAGUUCUAAUGGAAUAUACGUGUGUCAUCCAAAUCAUUACAAGUGUGAUGGAGAACCAGACUGUGAUGACCAAUCAGAUGAGAGAAAUUGCAAACUAAAAAGAAGCGACGAGAACCUGCUUGACCACUUGAAGAGGCCAUUGAGUGCGAAAAGUUCUUUUUAUUUUUACAAGGCAAAGCCUUUUUAUUGAUCUAUCUGAAAUACAUUAGGGGAUAUAUGUAAGCUUCUAGAUACUUGAAUUCCCGUCAUAUGAUUAAUUUUGCAGAUUAACAUUGUACUAUUUAACUUUUUAUAAUAAAGACUUGAAGUUUU